AUGAAGAUCACUGGUUGUCGCACUCGCUAUUUCCUAGAUGUUCCCGCAGUAAAUGUGCCUUGCGUGCUGCAUUUUGGCUGCUGACACCUGGCAGAAUUUAAAAGCAAAGAUACAAUGUUCAUGGAAACAAUAAAGGUUGGUUAGACUUGCAGUAGCAGAAAUGGAGAAAAUUAAUUGAAUGAAUAUAAAAAUUCUCGUAUUCCAUCCGAUUGUUAGCUGGCACGCAGCUCUCAAACUUGAUAUAGUACUUAAAUAACCAUCAAUAAUGGACUAUGAAUUCAAACAGAGGACGACUCAACAGAGAGAGAAGGUUGAGGACUUGUUUGAGUACGAAGGAUUUAAGGUUGGAAGGGGAACAUAUGGACAUGUCUAUAAAGCAAAGUUAAAGAAGGGAGGAAGUGGAGGAAGGGAGUAUGCCUUGAAACAAAUUGAAGGUUCAGGAAUAUCGAUGUCAGCAUGUAGAGAAGUAGCGCUUCUACGUGAAUUAAAGCAUCGAAAUGUGAUCAACUUAAGGAAAGUAUUUUUAUCAUACAGUGACAGAAAAGUUUGGCUGUUAAUUGAUUUUGCAGAACAUGACUUAUGGCAUAUCAUCAAAUUCCAUCGAGCUAAUAAAGGAUCAAAAAAAGGAUUUCCAACCACUGUCCCAGCAAGCAUGACAAAAUCUCUCCUAUACCAAAUCUUAGAUGGCAUUCGAUAUCUCCAUGCAAACUGGGUACUACACAGAGAUUUGAAACCUGCAAACAUUCUGGUAAUGGGUGAGGGGCCUGAAAGAGGUUGUGUCAAAAUUGCUGAUAUGGGAUUUGCACGAUUGUUCAAUUCUCCACUUAAGCCGCUAGCUGACCUUGACCCUGUUGUGGUGACCUUUUGGUAUCGAGCUCCUGAACUUCUUCUUGGAGCAAGACACUACACCAAAGCUAUUGAUAUCUGGGCAAUAGGUUGUAUAUUUGCUGAGUUGUUAACAUCUGAGCCGAUUUUUCACUGCAGACAAGAAGACAUCAAGACCAGCAAUCCGUACCAUCAUGAUCAGCUGGACAGAAUCUUCAGUGUCAUGGGGUUUCCACAAGAUAAAGAUUGGGAAGAUAUGAAGAAAAUGCCAGAAUACCCAACACUAGUUAAGGAUUUCAGCCGUCCAACUAAUAAUCCUUCAAGUAGUAGUAGUAGCAGCAGUGGAAAUGGUUCCAAACAACUUACAUAUAACAGUGGUGGAUUGGCGAAGUACAUGGAGAAACAUAAAGUUCAAAAAGAUACUAAAGGAUUCCAUCUACUUUCUAAAUUAUUAAUUAUGGAUCCAGACAAGAGAAUCACUUCAGAACAAGCCCUGGAGGAUGCCUACUUCAAAGAAGAGCCAACUCCAACAGCAGAUGUUUUUGGAGGUCAACCCAUUCCAUACCCAAAGAGGGACUUUCUUAAUGAUACUGAGGAUGGUGAUGAUAAGUCUUCAUCAGCAAGCAAGGCUGCCAGCUCCAACAACCAUGCAGCUAAGAGAAUGCGUGUUUCUGGACAAACAGGCUCUUCUGGAAGUGGUAUGGUACAAGGAGACUAUCAAGGCCAGCAGAAGCAUUUGAGUGGCUAUCAGCAAGGUCGGUCUGCUCAACGCGAGCAAGUGCCCUCACAGUCCAAGACCGGCAUAAUGUACUCGUCCACCUCCACCCAACAACAAUCAAACAGCGGAACAUACCACUCACAGCAGCAUCAUCAACAGCAACACCACCAUCAGCAUAGGUAUUGAAGUUAUCAAGUACUAGUCUCACAAUCCAGUCACUGACUAGACUUGUAAUACAGUCACUCAAGAGUCGUCAAUUCAUAUUACAGUAUUGAUGUAUCAUGUUGAUCAUGCUACUGGUAGAGACAAAGAGAUGGACAUGAAUUUACAGACCAUUCCUUUUACAAAAGAGUUACUAAUACUAUUACAGUAGUACUCUUUGCUAAUAUGCAGUGACUCUGAAGCCAAAAAUAAUGGGAGAUUAUUCUGUGAACAAUUGUUUCAGUUUUGCCACUAAUUACUUUAUACUUCUGUUACCAUUAUUCUUUGUUGCAAAAAAAUAUUUGUGGAUUUUUCUUGAACAGAAUAAUUGAACAAUAUAAGUUAUCGUGGAUAACUAUUAACUGAAGUCAAUAGUAUGCCCUACUGCCUCGGUAUUCAUCCCACGGCCUGCAGGCCAACUCCGGCCCGCCAAAGACUUUGAUCUGGCCCACGCGACAUUGCUAUAGACUGAAUCAUUUUCCCGUCUGAUUUUCAGUCCACCUACUCUAGCACUGUUAACAAGAAUCUGGGCUUUUGCCCGAGUGUAGCUCACUGUAUAUAGUGGCGUUGAGUAUUGGCAUGAAGAGAGGGAGACUGGUUGAGAAUAUAGGAUUAAGUGAGAGGCGCUAAUAAUAUGAUGCAAUUACUAACCAUUGAAGGGAAUUGUCAGUAGGCUCGGAGGUAUGUCAUUCUGUUGAAAACAUUGUUUUGGAAACAUAUUUUUUACAGUCUGAGAGUGCCAUUUCUGGCCAUCUAGGAGUGUCCAUUCUAAAAUCUGUACUCACCUCAGCCAUAACCAUGGUGGGGCUGAGGUAGAUGUGGGUCCUUUUUGGGGACGGCAGACUCCUUGUCAGGGAAAUUCUGAGGCUGGCAUUGUUUUUAACUACAUGUACUUGGUAGGCCUACUUAAAGUGGUUUUUUUUUUUUCAGAAAAUUUCAAGUGGUAGGGUAGGUGAACCUGGGGUGCAAGUUUUUAUUUAUCCUCCCACCCUCCCUAUGCUACUGAAUUUUCUCAUUUUAACAACACAGGGCCUAUCAUAUUUGAUGAUGAAACAAAAAGGGUACAUUACAAUAGGACAAUAAAAUAUAAUGGGUGGGGCUGAUUGAACAAAUUUGGAAGUACAUACAGUACACAAUAUUAUUUCGCUCCUGCCGCUGGUGUCAAUAGAUUCAAACUAGCAACCUGCUUAAAAUUUUGAAUACCCGGGCCCUACUGUAUUUAACCACUAAUUGUGCUGGGUAGAUACCGAAACACCAGGCUAAUUGUUAAAUAUCUUAAUUGAUAAGACCAGAGCUCUUGGAAAAUAAACAUGCAUUUAGUUAGCAUUAAAAAUGAGCAUGUUUAAAAAAAAAUCUUAUACUAUCAAGGUGAUUUGGAUUAGACCUGAUAAGCAAGCAAGUUUCUUGAUGAAAAUUGUAUAAUUCUACUAAUACCAUAAUUUAUAUUGUAUUAUUAUUAUUACAGUAUUUAUUUUUAAAGGUUAUUUGUACAAGGCUGUAUUUAUCUGAUAGAAUAAAAUUAUUCAACAAAAAGCACCAUGAUAGCUGAACUUCAUCAACUUUUAAAAUGUCACUAUAUAAUGUGUAAUUUCUUUCUUUGAAUGACAAAUGUAAAGUUGUGGCAACCAUGGUGCUUAUUGGUCUAAUGCAAACAUUGCAAAAGCAGGGUCGCUGAAUUUGAGUAUGAAGGCCUAGGGUAGUUUAAACAAAAAUUGUACUAGUAAUGUACAAUAAUACAGUAAUGGAAUUUAAUGACUCAGUCUUAAUUUGCAGGAGUGGAACGGGGUCUAUAAAAUAAUUUUCUAGAUUCAUGUAAGCUCAUAGAAGAGACAGCAAAUGCACAAAUAAAUUUGGGCAAAAGUG